CCGGGGCCCGGCGAGCCCGUCGAAGGCCGGGGCAGCUUCUUGUUUAACGGGCGGCUCCUGCUCGUCUUCGCUGCAGCGUCCUCGCCGCCGGGGAGAGAGGCGGCAGCCCCGGCGGGCCGGGGCCGGUGGCGGGAGGCUGGGCCCGCCGCGGUGGGGCGGGAGCAGAGGCCCGCGGCGGGAGGCGCUCCCCCCGCUCGGCGAGGCGGAGCGGUGCUGGCGGGCGGCCCCGGGGGACGUUACCCCCCGUCUGCCGGGGAGCUUUGAGCGCGGGCAGGGCUGGAGUCGGCCGCCCCGGUGUAGAGGAGGGAGGGGGCCGGCGGCACCCGGGCCCGGCGAUGGGGCCCGGCCCGGCGGCCUGUGCCGAGGGCGCCCUGCGAGUGCGGCAGGCACCGGGCGCGCGGUGCGCCGGGUCUCUGCUAGGUGGAGUGGCGGCUCCGCCGGCGGUGGCGGAGUUUCCGUGGUGCCUGUGCCCUGCACUUUGUGCGUACGGUGGGAUUUCCCCUCACUUUUGAAGACAAGAGCAGAGACUCCUUUCGUUUUUUUUUCUACCCGCCUGACCUUCUAGGUGCCAGUGAAAGCGUGGGAAAACAUAUGCUUGAAGCAUGCAACAACAAUCUGGAGAUGGCUGUCACUAUGUUUCUGGAUGGUGGAGGCAUAGCAGAGGAGCCUAGCACCAGUUCUGCAGGGGUGUCUGCUGUUCAACCACAUACAGAAGAUGAAGUUCGAGCUCCAAUUCCUCAAAAACAGGAAAUUUUAGUAGAGCCUGAGCCCUUAUUUGGAGCUCCUAAAAGACGCCGACCUGCCCGUUCAAUAUUUGAUGGCUUUCGGGAUUUUCAAACAGAAACCAUUCGACAGGAACAGGAGCUACGAAAUGGAGGCGCAGUAGAUAAGAAACUCACUACUCUGGCAGACCUCUUCAGGCCUCCCAUUGAUCUGAUGCACAAAGGCAGCUUUGAAACGGCUAAGGAGUGUGGUCAGAUGCAGAACAAAUGGCUCAUGAUAAACAUUCAGAAUGUGCAAGAUUUUGCAUGUCAGUGUCUCAACCGUGAUGUGUGGAGCAAUGAGGCUGUGAAGAACAUAAUCCGGGAACAUUUCAUUUUUUGGCAGGUAUACCAUGACAGUGAGGAAGGACAGAGAUACAUACAGUUUUAUAAAUUGGCAGACUUCCCUUAUGUCUCCAUCCUGGAUCCCAGAACAGGCCAGAAACUAGUGGAGUGGCACCAGCUAGAUGUAACUUCUUUCUUGGACCAAGUGACUGGGUUCCUGAGUGAGCAUGGACAACUGGAUGGGCAUUCGACUAGCCCUCCCCAAAAAUGUUCUCGUUCUGAGAGUCUCAUUGAUGCCAGUGAGGACAGCCAGCUGGAAGCUGCUAUCAGAGCCUCAUUACAGGAGACACAUUUUGAUUCCUCACAGGCCAAGCAGGAAAGUCGGUCAGAUGAGGAGUCUGAAUCAGAGCUUUUUUCUGGAAGUGAAGAGUUUAUUUCUGUUUGUGGAUCUGAGGAGGAGGAGGAAUCGGAGAAUCCUGCCAAGUUGAGGAAGUCUCCACACAAGGACUUGGGGUAUAAAAAAGAAGAGAGUCGGAGGCCUCAGCCUGAGCCCCCUGCAAGGACAGAGCCUGGUACAACAUCAAAUCACAGAGCACUGCCCUGCAUUGAUGCAGGGAUACUGGAGGAGUCAGCUGACAAAACCGAAAGUACAUUGCAGGGCCUAGAUGUGAAUGGACCAAAGGCACAGCUGAUGCUAAGGUAUCCAGAUGGAAAGAGGGAACAAAUUUCACUGCCUGAACAAGCUAAACUUCUGGCUCUUGUGAAGCAUGUCCAGUCAAAAGGAUACCCCAAUGAACGCUUUGAACUUCUUACCAACUUCCCUCGAAGGAAACUCUCCCACCUGGACUAUGAGAUCACAUUACAGGAGGCAGGCCUGUGUCCUCAAGAGACUGUCUUUGUGCAGGAAAGGAAUUAGCACUGUGGCCUGAACUCUCCCAGCCUUCCUUCUCUCUCUGCCUAGGACACCAACUCAUUAAAUAUGCAGUUGAGGGUCGUAGGAUUGCAGUGCUGAAAUCAGGCAGGCAGCUGGCUGGCCCUUCUCUCUCUUCUUCCCUUCUCCUAAUCUAGUGACCAAGUGAGAAUGUUCGGAGUUUUGUUCAUUUUUCCUCAGCUUGGGCCCUGGGGAGAGCAUUGGGAAGAACAUCUCUCUUUGAGAAGAAUGUCCUUCCUUUGUUUUUAUGGAAUAAAGUAAAAGGGUAAUCUGUGCAUCCGGUAUGCUGGGGCUUGGAGUGGCCAUAACAUACAUACCCUUCUCGCUGCUAUUCUUAAAUCUGUUUUGUUUAAUUUAUUUUUUUAAAAUACUGUGUGAUAAGGCGCUGAGUCAUCUUUCUGUAAGGGGAGAAUAUAAUCUUUAGUAGAGUCCUACCUUCAUUUUUAUUCUCUGCGUGAAAGGUCUCCAUUAACCUUACGGCCUUCUUAGGGGAUCACUUAUCUAGCACUCUGGAGAAAACUUAUUUUGGGAAGGACUUGGGGUGAACUGUGUUAAGAUGCUCUGCUCCCAUCUAAUUUAAAGGCUUCUAUAUUGCGUGCAUAUUUUCUUCCUGCUUCAAAUGCUGCUAAUGAACAUGGUAAAAAAAACAGGUAUACUCAAUAUGGGAUUGACUGCUUGGCCCAGAGGGAAAGCUGCUUGUCUGCUAUUUUAGCAGACUUGACUCCUUUGUAACAGUAGGUGACAUUUCAAUUUGUUCUCUCCCCCACAUCCCCUAAAUGACUCCUCCUGUUUACUUUCAGGAUUUUACAAAUGAUGAUGGAAGGUGAUAGGAUGUUGUAAAGAUCUUAGAAUCUCCAGAGAACACUUAUCAUAAAGCCAACGGUUAGUUGGCUUUUUUGUUUGUGUGUUUUUUUCCCAGAGGUGACUAGCCUUGCAGGGGUUUUAGAACACUGACUGCAGUUGGACUGCACAGCAAGUUCUAAGCAGGGUUCCCUUUAUUAGUUAAAAACAUAUACAAAGCCUUGUCAGACUGCAGAAGUAAUUAAUGCAUUAUGAAAGAUUUCAUAGUCAGGUGACGAACUCUCGGAUGCUUUUUAUGCUAUUUUCAACUCUAUCUAUAAUGAAUUACCUUUAAAUCUGGCAGGUUGUAUUGAAAGUAGCAGUUAAUUUCCCUAUUUGAGUCAGAUUUUCUUUUCACCUAUGGAAGCUGGCAUCAGAAGUUGUGCAGGCAUAUCCUGUGUGUGCAUUGGACAAUGCUGACUGCCCUACUUUCCCAAGGUAUUUUAUCGUGAUAUAGAGCUGUUGGUCACUGUGUGUUAUAGCAGAUAUUAGAGCGGUAUAAAAGUUCAUUAACACAGCCAUCCUCAAGACUAAUGUUGAAGCAGAGUGUUUAUUUACAGUUAGGAACUCAGUCUGGCAUGCUCUUCACCAGUGAAGAAAAAGGUGUAUAAGACCUACCAUAAGUGUAACUUUUCCCUGGACAAACAGGGAGAAGAUAUGAGUUACAACAAGAAGUGUUAGGCUCUUUCUACUAGUGAGCUGCACAUGGCACGUCAGGGAGCACUGGCUUCAUGACAUGACACUGUCAGAUAAUUAUAUUUGUUAAAGAAAGAGACUUAGUGAUCAGAAACUUACUAUAGGAUAAAACUUUUCCAGAUAUUUUGCCUUAAGUGUCAUACACGACUGCAUGUUUCGGAGUCUUUAAAUGUAGGAAGUCAUGGAGUAUGCAGGACAGUAUUUGCUCACAACUAUCCUCUCCCUCAGAAUCGAGGUUUUACAUAGAGCCAUAAAACUGUAUAAAUUAAUUUCCCUCCUAUGUGAAAACUGUUUUGCAUUCCACUGCAAGUUAUGGGGUCACAAAAGCGAAAUAUGAUAGCAGCUUCCUGAUCAGUGAGUGCUGUGAAAUCAGAUGUCAUUUUUGGACUGUAAAGAUAUCACAAGAUGACCUCCUUUAACAGAGGCCACUUCCCAGCACUAGAAAGGAAGUGAAUUGCAAGGCCAGUGGAGGAAGGGGACUAUUGGUAGAUGGCCUGUGAAGUGGCAGUGGCACCUCUGGACUGAAGGAUCCUUUUGUGUAGGUCUAAUGCCUCCCUAGACAGCUUCAGCUAUUUAAUGGAAAUAAUUCCUCUGGUGUGUGUUGCCUUGAAACUCAUUACCUCUUUCUCCCUGGCUUCACAGGAAAAUUAUGAUGGGCUGUCAAUAGGAUGCAGUACCUGACACAUGUAUGUAGUCGUUUCCUGUCCUAGCUAGCCUGAUAGACAAGAGUAUGUUGGCCUUUCCUGUUCUCCCCCACCCCGUUCCUCUCUGUAUUAGGCAGGGAGGGAGCCUUUGCAGUUCUGCUGAUUUCUCUUUCAAGUUGUUGCUGGUCGACUGUGUUUGCUGACAGAAGGCCAACUAAUUUUGGACAGAUGCAGGUUCGUAUCCACUUUUGGAACAUGUUUUCACAUUAACAUUUCUGGCAGUGAAAGUAAACGUGCAAAAUUGUCUCUGGCCAUUUAGUCCCAUUCCUAUGUCUGUUUUAUUGGUAGCUUCUCUUUCCCCUCUUCCUCUCCCCAGUUGUACUAAUGCGUACCUGGCACUAGGCUGUGAGUUGGUGAAGUGAUCAGAUGUAAAAUAACCAACAGCUGUAUCAGUAGUGGGGAAGAGGGGAGACUGCACUGCAGGCAAGAGCAUGAACUUCUUUAUCAGUUCUGCUAGUGGAGAUAGUGCGCACCAUUUAGAGCAUGGUCCCACAUUGGGAAAUCUCCUUUCCUAAACUCUUUUUCAGAACUAAAAAUAUGUGAGCUGUGAGGCAGCUGCCAGAACUCCUUCCUUUUUUUUUUCUUUUUUUUCCCCCCUCCUCUGCUCAGCUGCAAGAAAAGGAAUAAUCUUAGACUGGUUGUCUUGUGAUCAAAUCCAAAUUGGAAGCCCUGGGGUAGGUUUUCAUUGCUUUGGUUAUGCAAGAGCAGUUCAGUCACCUCUUACGCAAGGAAGUAGAAGUUGUACAUUGAAGCUCUGCAGCAAGUUGUUUAUUAAUCCAUCAAAAUAUGCCUCUCUCACUUGGCAAAUGUUUUUGUCUGCUAGUGUAGUGGAACUAGGAGUACUUAUGCUCUCACUUUGAUUUUUUUAGGAAAAUGAAAACAACCUUUCCAUUUCUUGAGGUUUUAUUUAGAGAAUACUAAUCUUUUUACAACCUAAGAGGGAAAUAAGAACAUGAGAUGGAAGAUCUACACUGAAAAUGUCAUAUUUUUUCUGUCUUGUGGAUAAAGUCCAAAUGAAUUUUUGGCAGUUCCUGGUACUUUGUCUUUUUCCCAAGAAACGCUGAGCCUGGAUUUUCUUUUCCUUCUCUAGCAUGCUGUGUUUUCUUUCUUUUUCUGCUUUCUUUUGCUUUGGUUUGCGAUCAGGAGGCAGAGAAUUUUAAAAAGGGUGAAGUGACCCUGCUUGUGACUCUUCUUCUCCUUCAUUCCUCUCUCCUCUUCCCCCAUCCCCAAUAAAAACAAUGCUACAGCACACACAUCAGUCAGCUGUGUUGUGGAGGCUGAAAACUAUUAAGAAACAGCACCAACCUCUUCAGAUUUUCAUCCAUGCUGAAGCCCUUUCAGCGUGUUUUGCAGGCCUGAGAGAUGCUGCUGAGAACAUUAACCAGGUUAUGCAUGCAGCUGGUUGUAAGUGUUAAAAGUGUAAGCUAUUUUGGCUCUAUUUAAAAAGAGUCUGUAUCACAAUUGCUUCUAAAUAUUAAAUAUGAAGUACAAACUACUUGGAAAAUGUUGGGAAAACACCUUCAGCCUCUAAUUGCAAAAGAAGAAGGUGAAGUUUGAAGGACAAUGCAAGUAAUUCCUCAAAGGCUGUGUUUUGUAACUUCUUGUGGGUGUUUUUCAGCCUUAAUUUGCAUGCUGUUUUGCAAGAACUGCCAUGAAUUCAGUGGAGCGGAGAUGCAUUUAAACAGUAUAAGCCACUGUCUUUGUGAGUAGAGAACUAAAUAGAAUUAAUGUACUUCAAGGUCUUGCUUCUUGCUCUUCACAGAGGAAAUCUUCUUUGCGCAUGCCCUUCAUCUAACUUGUUUUUAUUCUGGUAGUAUUAGUUACUCAUGUAAUCUAACUGUGGCUAAUGGUUAAUAGUCACAGUUACAACCAAUAUUCAGAAACAGGAUGCAAAAUGAACAUUGGCUGUCUCUGCUAGGUGCUGCUGGCACAUGCAUUGCUGGAUUCCCACUCAUGGUCCUUCAGAGACCCAGAGAAGGAUCUCGGCCCUCCUCUUUCCUCAUAAUAACCUGCUCUAGGUCAAACUGAUUGACCGGCUUCAACCUUACAAUAUUCUCUGCUAGCAUAAAGAGGGGAGAUAGAGGCUGGGUCAAAAGUUUCUAGGUGUACUUGCAUUACUUUCAGUAAUCUUUGAAUGAAGGUCUGUGAUUUUACACUUCUGACCUUUAUGUACUGAAGUAUAUUGUCUUUCUUGAUAAAUCAGAUAAGGUGACAGUUAAAUGUUAAAAAGGGUGUGUGUAUAUGUGUGUAUAAAUGGCCUUGUAAAUUCUAGUUUUCUCUAAAGAAGGUGUCCAAAGAUAAAAUUUUUGUAAGUGGAUUUAAACAGCAAUUGAGGUUAUGCAUCAGCAUACUUUCUGGUAGUCACUAGGUCUGCUACCUUAUUAUUACAGAAGAACACGCCUGUUCUGUAAAGCAAGUCCAUUGUUAACUGCUGCAAAUAGCUUGCAUUUUCUGUAUUCAGUUACUUUCAUAGACACAAUUUUUAAAGAGCACCGGAUUAAAUAGCUGUCAGAUUAUACACCAGGUCAUACCAGUUUACACCAAUGCUGUGGUUUGUAUGCUUGCUACAGUCAGAAGGAGACAGCUGUUUUUUAGUACAUGUUUUAAUAAAUAAACCUCAGUGCUGAAGGGCUUGGCUUCUCUAAUAUGCUUUUAAGGAAACUUCCACAUAAUUGUGUGCUUGCUGUUUGAUACAUCUUCUGGCUAUUGAAAAAAAAAUUGUUAUGCAUUCUUUGAGAUCUUCAUAACUUCAGCUGAAAAAGGUAGUUCUGCGUAUGAUGGCUUAUGCAGAAGCUCUUUGAAGAACAAGCCUUGUCUUUGGGCAGUGGUUCUUUGAACCCAGCUGCUUGAUGCUGCCAUGUUACAGAGGGCAUGAUGCAUCUUUUGCAGUCCGUGUGGGCAGCUAAUUAUGGCCGCUUUUGGGCACAUACUCCCUGUCUGUGGUAGCUGGGCCUCUAAUUCCUUGCUUUUUUGAGGUUGUUUUUAGGGCUGGAGCAGUGAGUUCACAAGAACUGGAGAGCAGCAAGGGUUAAACUAAAAUCCCAUUUUCUUUUGGGAGCAGGGAGGGACAGUGAAGCAUCACUUGGCCUGCAUUUCAUUGGAUACCAAAAACUGCAAAGAUGCAUAAAAUGUGUUGUUCUUCCUAAAAACACACAAAGAAAGGGAUAAGGAAGAACCCCAUGUAGGAAUGCCCUUGGGAAUGGCAAGAUGCAUGUCAUUUCAGGAACUUUAAGGAAUAGGUUGUUACUGUAUUUUACCCCUGCAUCUUAAAUCAUCUUUUUUUUUUUAAUUAGUUUUUAGAAAACUUUCACAACUUUCUUUUUGUUUAAUCCCUUUUGUAUCAAGUUAGUAAUAAAUAGGUAGUACUGUAUGCCAAGACAGGGAGGGACUGCACGGAUGUACUUUCGGUAGGUGAAGUGCAGAGUCUCAGUCUAAUGAAGAUUGGAUUUGCCUUGUCUGGCAGUUUUAACAGAUUUGAAUGCACCCCCCUUCCUCCCUCCCCCCCAAAUGAUUUCCUCUAAAUGGAAAAAACUACUGCUUUAAAGGCAAAACAAAACUAAAUACUAGGGCAUGUUCUGACCACUAUAUCGGCCGUCUGUAUUGUUGGAAAUUCCCUUAGUCAUUGUUUUGGGUUAACCUAAAAACUUUUUGAUCCCUGGCUGUUGAGGUCUGUGCAUGCUGUUGCUUAUUGUUUGGUAAAGAUCAUCUUGUAAAGUUUUUCUCUGAGUGCAAGAUCUUACUGUAGUUUGGUUAUAGUCUGCUAUCUGCUCCUGAACUGUGAGGUUAAUGGAUACAUGUUCUGUGAUGUUGUACAGGAUGACUUUUAUUCCAGUCUCUUCCUGGCUGUGAGAUGCUUAGUGUCUGUCCACCGCCGAUAAAUAUAGCCAUAUAUAUAUGUAUGUAUAUAUAUAUAUAUGUAUGUAUAUAUACACAUAUAUAUUUUUAAUCAGAGAAUGUGGCACUUAACAUCAGUGCCUCAAGUUGCCUCAGUAAAAAUUUUUUUUACAUCACUAUAUUACCGGUAAUUGCAGAAGUUCUGAAUUUGGUCACUGUCAUUAAUUACUGUGAGUGUCUGCAGUACAGAGAAGAGCAAUUCUGUAACUGAUUGUCUAAUGGUGCUGAGACUUUAAGAUAUAGAAGGAUAGAUAGUAAAAGUACAUGGAGGAAGGGGGUGAGGUGCUAUUUUAUAGAACAGCUUUAUGUGAAGAAAAUCUGGGUAAAACUCAACUCAGAAGUGUGGUGCCUAAUCAGAGACACCAGACUAUAGAAUAGAUAACUUAAUUUUAAAUGAGUCUGUUUCCUCUGUUUGGUGAACUUACAGUUUCAGAAUUAUGACUUUGCCUGUCAAUUUUUACAAUAGUGACUUUUUCCUUCAAUCAUGCAACUUAAUGUGGGAGGAGGGAGAGAAUUAACUUGGAAGAUUUCAGCUCACUGUGCUGGGAGGGACCAAACUCAAGGAAACCUCUGAUCUAUAUACACAACUGCUGCAUUUUUUAUAAAUAUAUGUAAAUGUCCUAUUGUAAUAUUUGAUCCUGGAAAUAAAACAAACUGUUUUCAGUA